CUUGGUUUUCUGCUUCCUCAGCAUUGUUGCUCGCUCUCUUGUUAGCCCCUCUUUGAUGUUCUUCCUCUCUUUGAUGCCAGCCUUACUCCGGUAAUGUACUCUUCAUCCAACACCUUCCUGGGCGGCGCCAACAGCGCACGCCCGGGACAGCCUUUGAUGCAACAGUCGCCAUACUCGCAGCAAUUUGCCUCUGGCCAGCAGCAACAACCGCCACAACAGGGUGGAUUCGCGCCUCAGCCGACUGGCUAUGGCCCUCAAAUGUCCAGUUUCGGGGCCUCCCAGUUGCAGCCUCAAGCCACGGGGUUCCCGGCUGGUCAGCUCCAACCUCAGUUCACAGGGUUCCCGGGUGCAGUACCACAAUCGCAACAAACUGGCUUUCAGCCCCCAGUCCAACAGCCCCAGAUCACCGGAUAUCCCGCUCAAUCGCAGCCUCCACAGUUCCAGGUUCCCGCAAGUACUGGCCUCCCUGUUCGUCAGGCGCCUCGGACUUCGUCGGAAAUAGCGGAUUCAUUCCAAGAUGUUGCUGGCAUGGCUCCGCCUCCGCCACCUAAGGCGUCUGCCAGUAAAAUACCAAACAUUCGGCUCUCCUUCAUCACUGCGCAGGACCAGGCAAAGUUCGAGCAGCUCUUUAAGUCUGCGGUUGGAGAUAAUCAGACAAUGAGCGGUGAUAAAGCAAAGGAGCUUCUUCUGCGGUCAAAACUACCUGGUAAUGAUUUGUCCAAGAUCUGGGUUCUCUCGGAUUCUACUAAGUCUGGGCAGCUCUUCUUCCCCGAAUUUGCCCUGGCUAUGUACCUGUGCAACUUGAGAAUCACAGGUAGAGAAUUGCCAAGCGCACUCCCCGAGAAGAUCAGGAACGAAGUUUCCAGCAUGGUGGACAUCAUCUCCUUCCAAGUUCCUGAUACUCAACCGGAACCUGCUGUUAGAACGAACGUGCCAAAUUUCGAUGCACCUCUCUUGGAGAAUAAAUCUGCUCCCCCCGCCCCCCAGCAGCCACAGCCACAGCAGCCGAGCAAUGCGCAGCUUCUCACGCAGCUCACAGCGCAGCCUACGGGUUUUCCCCAGCCGACGGCGUUUCAGCAAAGUCAAUCCCCCUUUCCGGGCCAAAACUCUGCCCUUGCGCCGCAAGCCACUGGGUUCCCUGGACAGCCUCAGCAAUUACAACCGCAACCCACUGGAUUCAUGACCAAUCCUCAGCCGACUGGGUACAACGGUCCUCGCCCUCCAAUGCCACCAAUGCCUACCGGCUUUGGGUCAAAUUUGAGUCCUGCACAGACCGGGGGAGUAUCGGCUCUGGCCGCGCAGCCUACAGGUAUCCCAGGGCAAUGGGGUUUCGUGAAUGCUCCGGCAACUGGCUUGCCUAACAUCGAAGCUCUCAAGCAACAAUUGAUGCCGCAGCCAGGCCGCGAAGGUGGAUUCUCUGCGGUCGGCCUUUCUGGAAAUGCUCAUAUCCCCUGGGCUAUUACCAAAGAAGAAAAAAAGAUUUAUGACGAUUUGUUUCGAGCCUGGGAUGGUUUUCGUAAAGGCUUUAUCGGAGGUGAUACUGCGAUCGAAAUUAUGGGACAAAGUGGUCUCGACCGGUCUGAUCUGGAACGCAUUUGGACGCUAGCCGACCCUAAUAACAGGGGUCGGCUGAACAUGGACGAAUUUGCCGUGGCAAUGCAUUUGAUCUACAGGAAACUAAACGGGUACCCAGUUCCGAACCGCCUGCCCCCGGAGCUUGUUCCCCCAUCCACGAGAAAUUUGAACGAUUCGAUAGGCACGAUCAAGUCCAUGCUGUCCCAAGAUGCAGAGAGUCGAAAGGCGUCUGGCGCAUUUUUGCAACCACAGAAGACUGGUGUCAGUUAUCUGAAAGAGCACUCUUUCCGUGGCGGCGCAGUGUCUCCAGGAGGAGGUCGGAAAGAUGCUACAUUGUUCAAGAACAACGAUGAGGCGGCUGCAGGAUAUCGCUCCAGCGCACGCCGUCGCGUUGGCAACAAUGGCCGUACGCCAUCCCCUGCUGCUUCCCAGGCUUCGGAAGAAGAGCUCUCCGUGGACCAGCUGAAGAAGAAGAUUCGUGAAGCCCAGAUUAUGUUGGAUGCGGUGGAUUUUCAAGACGAGAAUCAAGCGGAGGAAGACGAUGCUCUAGACCGGCGAGACCGAAGAGAAGCGGAGAGUCUUAUGGAUCGGAUACGGCGGGUACAGGAUGAUAUUGACACCCACCCCGAUGCUUCCUUCCGUAACCUUGAUACCGGGGCCGAACGGAGGUCACUACGUCGUCAGCUGCAGGCUUAUGAAGAUCAAGUCCCUCAAGUGGCAUCGGAGGUGAGGCGUGUUGAGCGGGAGAUCGCGGAGGUUAGACUGGAAUUAUUCCGCCUGAAGGAUGCAAAGGAGCAUCCAAACAGUGCCUCUUCUAUCGUGGGUACAGGCCCAGGGGGCACAGUCACUGAAGCCGAUCGUAUCAAAGCUCGUGCCCGUGCCAGAAUGCAAGCUCGCGCCGCUGAACUUGCCGGAAGGCCCGUUCCCGCCAGCCAAGACGACGAUGGAGCUGCAACUCGCCGACUCGAAGCUGAGAAUGCUACCGUCAAGGCUGAAAGGGAGAGAAACGAGACCAUGACUCGCGACGUCGAGGAGAGUGUUCGAGAGUUUGCGCGGAGUCUGGAAGACAGUUUUAAGGAUGGUGGUGAAAGUUCGACGCGUGAGCAUGAACGGCGACGCUGGGAGGACGCCUUGGGCGUUGAAGAUGUGGUUCGCGAUUUUAUCUACGAUUUGAAGCGUAGCAGCCGCACCGCGCAUGUUCGCAAGGAAGAACAACAAAGAGCGGCAGAUACGCAAAGCCAGCGGUCUCGCUACAAUGAGUCGCCAUUGGGAGGUGCAGCUGGUUCGCAACAUUCCCCGACGCCUACCGGCUCAGUCGUGUCAGCUGGCUCCACGCAUGAGGACCGCGUUGCGGCUGCUAGGGAACGUGCGCAGAAGCGGAUCGCUGAACGGAUGGCUGCUGCAGGGCUCAAGCCUCACAGUGACGCAGGAGAGACUCUGCUUCAACGGCAAGAACGCGAGAAAAAGGAACGUGAAGAGCGGCUGAGACGAGCAGAAGAAGAAGAUGCUAAGCGAGAGCAAGAGCGACAACGCCGUCUGGCUGAAGAGCAGGGCGGCCCAACGGCGCAAUCUGCUAAGCCAGCUAGCAAGAAGCCUCCUCCAGCACCGCCUUCUCGGAAGGGUCGGACUGAUAGUGCAGGCCAAGCCGAGGCAAAGAAGGCAAGGGAGGAAGCAGCUAAAGUAGAGCAAUCUACACGGGAACAAGCUAUUAGAGAGGAACAGCAGGCGCAGGAAGAAGAGACAGCCCGCCUAGAGACUGCUGCCAGAGAACGCGAAGCAGAAUUUCUGAAGGAGAAGGAGGCCCAGGAGGCCCGUCUUGCCGCACUGCAAGAACAGGUCCGACAAGGGAAGAUCAAAAAGCAGGAAGAGAAGCGUCGUAAGGAAGAGGCAGCCCGCGCGGCGAAAGAACAGGAAGCGAGACUCGCCACCCAGCGUGCUGAACUUGAGAUGGCCAAAGAGCGCGAGCGUCAGCUUCAAUUGGAGCUGGAAGGCUUGGAUGAGAGCUCCUCGGAUGAAGAAGGUCCUAUCAACAUCACACCGCAGGACAGUACUCCGACUCAGAGUCAAGUGCUUCCUGCGGUAGACACCGCGGUGCCGCCCCCAGCUCCAGCUCCAGCUCCAGCUCCAGAGCUAGAUGUCGUGACCAGUCCCGCUGAGUCUGCUAGUAGCCACGCUGCGCCCACCAGCAUUAGUCCGGAAGCAGAGUCCAAGAAUCCCUAUUUCAAGAGAAUCAGCCAGUCCGACAGCCAGGUGCCGCCUCCACCACCUGCACCUCAGCCUGCCGCUCCGAAAGCCGAGUCUCAGUCGACCAACCCCUUCCAUCGGCUGGCACAACAGCAGGAGAGCUCCAAGCCUGCCUUCACUGCGCCCGGUCCACUGGAACGCAAGUCUCGAGUGCGUCCCGAGGUGGAUGAUGACUGGUCGGCGGCUGGAUCGGACUUUGACGACUCGUCUGAUGAUGAUGAUGAACGGCCGGGUGGUGGUAGCGCGAAGCAACUCGCAAGUAUACUCUUCGGCACAAUGGCUCCUCCCCGGCCUCUGAGUGCCAUGGAUGACAAGACUCCUUCAAAGUCGUCUACCCCCGUCCAGGACAGUCCAGCAACUCCCACACCGCCGACUGAGGCAGCUGAAUCCCCCGCUGCUGUGCCUCCUCCCCCGCCACCUCCGCCAGCCCCCGCCCCGGCAGUGCCCAGUCCCAGUGCUGCGGCGCCACCUCCGCCGCCUCCGGCUCCCUCCAUGGCCCCCCCGGUGCCGCCUCCAGGCGUUCCCCCACCACCCGCGCCCCCGGCUGCUCCCACGGGCGGCGCUGGUAGAGGUGCCUUGCUAGCAUCGAUCCAGGCAGGAACGGGGCUUCGAAAGGUCCAGACCAACGAUCGCAGUACUAGCUCUUCCGCAGGACGUGUUCUGGACUGAGCCUUGAAGUGCCACCUGUACACUGUUCGGAUAGAGUUUCUGUGCGUUUUUUAAGAAGUUACCUUCCUCAUGGAUUGUUGUAGGGAGAGCAGAGAAGACACCAUACUCACUUUAUUUCUCUAUUCUUCUCUCGUCGGUCUUCUGUUUAUUUACAAGUUCUAAACAUGGGGAUGUCUUCUGUGUUUAUUUCAGCCUGUAUUGAUUCACUUCAGAUACUAAGAAGACGGUAAUAGCCAAGGUUGCGU